GCCCCCCGAGGCCGCGGGCUACUCCCACCAGCUGCUGCUGCUGCUACUGCAGUGAGCGCCGCCCCGCGCCCCGCCAUUGUCCCCGCCGCUCCGCCUGUCGCGCCGGGCCGCGGACCGGGAGGCGGGGGAGGCGCAUGGGUGGGCGCCGCUGAUGCCGCCGCCGCCGCGCCGCCCUCCGAGGCUGCGUCCCGGGAAGCCCGGACCUCCGCGCUCCUCGGCCCGGCCCCGCGCCGCGGACUGGAGCGCGACCCCAUGGAGGCGCCCGGGCUGGCCAAGGCGGCCAAGGCGGCCGCGACCGACCCCGAGCCUCAGGAGAGCCGCGGGGAGACCCCCGACGGGGCGCCCGCGCUCUGCCCCAGCCCCGAGGCGCCCUCGCCCGAGCCGCCAGCCUACCGCCUGCAGGACUUCGACACGCUGGCCACCGUGGGCACUGGGACGUUUGGACGGGUGCAGCUGGUCAAGGACAAGACGGCCAAGCAUUUCUUUGCUCUGAAGGUCAUGAGCAUCCCCGACGUCAUCCGCCUAAAGCAGGAGCAACAUGUACACAACGAGAAGUCGGUGCUGAAGGAAGUCAGCCACCCCUUCCUGGUCAAGCUGUUCUGGACGUGCCACGACGACCGCUUCCUCUACAUGCUCAUGGAGUUCGUGCCUGGCGGCGAACUCUUCAGCUACCUGCGCAACCGGGGCCGCUUCUCCAGCAGCACGGGGCUCUUCUACUCCGCGGAGAUCGUCUGCGCCAUCGAGUACCUGCACUCCCGGGAGAUCGUCUACAGGGACCUGAAGCCUGAGAACAUCCUGCUGGACCGCGAGGGGCACAUCAAGCUCACCGACUUCGGCUUCGCCAAGAAGCUGGUUGACAAGACGUGGACCCUUUGUGGAACGCCUGAGUAUCUGGCCCCUGAAGUCAUCCAGAGCAAAGGCCAUGGGAGAGCUGUGGACUGGUGGGCGCUCGGCAUCCUGAUCUUUGAGAUGCACUCGGGGUUCCCUCCAUUUUUCGAUGACAACCCGUUUGGCAUUUAUCAAAAAAUCCUUGCAGGCAAAAUAGAUUUCCCCAGACAUUUGGAUUUCAGUGUAAAAGACCUCAUUAGGAAAUUGCUGGUCGUUGACAGAACCCGACGCCUUGGAAACAUGAAGAACGGAGCGGAUGAUGUAAAGCGACACCGGUGGUUUCGAACUGUGGAUUGGGAGGCGGUCCCACAAAGGAAACUGAAGCCCCCCAUCGUGCCGAAGCUAUGUGGCGAGGGUGAUACCUCGAACUUCGAAGCGUACCCUGAGAAUGACUGGAACACGGCUCCUCCAGUGUCGCCGAAAGAUUUGGAAGUCUUCAAGAAUUUCUGAGGACGGGAAUUCUCCUCUGGAAGGAUGAUUUAAACCUGCUGGGAACAAAGAGCUGCACAUCCGCUGUGAAGAAGGGUCGUGUCCACGGGAUAAGGACAUUUCCAUAUUCUAGAAGUCCGGAUGUACAUAAAGAGACUGCAUAUCCGUACAAAGUCAUGGACCUGGCAUUAUUUAAGCAACUGGAAAUUAAGCAUCAUUAAGCAACUGGAAAUCUACUGCACAGUAGGACCUUUCAGAAAAUUGUUUGGUUGUAGAUUUUUAUCUUAUCUCUUCGUGUGAUGAACCUACUGUGAUGUCUUGGUUUUCCUCGUAGACUUAACUUUAUGAGUUUGAACUGAACGUGUUUGGUUAUAACCACAGAAGGCGCGUGCGCGCGUGUGCGUGUGUGUGCUGUGUGUGUGUGUGUGUGUGUGUGUGUGUGUGUGUGAGAAAAGACCGUGGGACUGGUGCACAGGAAUUGCACCAUUAUGUUCAUCUUUAUACUUCGCAGAGCCUGCGAUUUUGUAGCUUGUGAGGAAACCUGUUCUGGUGGUCCAUGUCCCGCAUCUUUCGUGCUUCCUGUCUGGUGACCUUAGGUCUUAAAACCAGAAGGGAAGACAAGGAUGUGUCCGUUUGAGUUUGAGUCUGAGAAUACCAGUGGCCAUUAAUGUUGUUCAAGGCAGGGAAUGCCGUCCAGAAAUUUCCUGCAUCACAUCUGGAAAUUCUGUAGUCCAUUGUGGUGGUGAUGGGAGGAGUGGCAGGUGUCUACCUAAUAAUAUCCCAUUUGAGCUCUGUGUCCAGCCAAAUGCAGAGCUAACAAGUGACUUUCCACGUUGGCUCAGUUGCACGGGUGACUUUCAUGCAAGCAUGUUUUUAUUUUAACUUCCAUUGUGGGAAGAGUAAGAUGCAAAUGAGCUAUAGGGUGUCAGUGUUCCAUGUAGUAGAAAUUAAUCCCUCUUGGUUCUUCUGUUUGGGUGCGUCCAGCACACUCUUGUCUCGUAGGCAGGGCGGGCUUGUACAGACUUAUUAGUGGGUGAGAUUUUGUCUUUUCCUCUCUCGACCUGAUUGUGAAGAUACAAUGAAGAGAGCACCCUGCCCAUGCUUUCCCCUUGGGAUUGACUUAAUGCAGGGUGGGUGCAGAGUAGGCUCCAGUGGGAAUGUUGCUAGAUGUGGGUCUUUCCAGAAAACGAGGCAUGCAAAGAGGUCCUGGGGGUCUGUGCUGUCUGUGAUGCAUUGCCUUGUCUCUCUACUGGCCGUGACUCAGCUGGACAAACAGAGUUGCUCAUAUCUGUGUUGUGUCUGGUCUUAGGGCUCAGCCAUGACCUUCUGCAGGGAUGUCUGUGCACUUAACUAGUAGGUGCCAGAGCCUUUGUGACCACAGAGGGAAACCCACAUAGAGCUCCAAGACCCUGUCUCUACCCUUCCUUUCUUCCCAUGGUUGGCCCAGAAAAGUCCACCUCCUUGGGCACUGGGUCUGGGAGCAGCACUGCCCUGGGAGAUGUGUUGCUGAAAUGGGUGCGGGGAGGAGUCAAACCUGGGCACCCUCUCAAGGCUUCUCCAGCUCAUGUGUUCUCAAGUCACCUUAUGGAUUCUUGGCUGUCGUAGACAUUAUUAUUCUCCAGUGCCGUGCUUGGAAAGACCUUUUCUGUCCAUGUAACCUUUUGUACCUCUCCUCUGUGACCACGUAUGUGGACGUGGAGAGCCGCCGUGUGGGAAAGUCAUACAUUUCUUUGAGCAGCAAAAUGUCAAAGGCCACGUAGUCGCCUACCCAAUUUGGCCAGAUCCCACUCACAAGUCAGAAGGCUGGGGUUCUGUGUGCUGCAAGGUGGAUUGGAGAACAUGUGCACCCACCCAAGAUUUAAAAGACCCUGAACUCAAAGCCACGCCGCAUUUCCCCCUUUCUCAUACAUCACCUGCUCUUCAAAUACAAAUCCAGUGAGUAAGGUCAGGACGACUGCAACAUUUAGUAAAAUAAACCGUAUGUAAUGAGUAACUCAAAGGAAAAUUAUUUUUAAAGGGCGAGCUGUAUGGAUAUUCCAACAGAACAGUGUUUUUAGUCUGGACUGAGCAAUCCCUGUGCUGGUUUGCAUUAAGUAGGGGGCCAGAAUGGGCAUCACUUUCAGCACAAAAUGUCUCGUCACGGGCUGUUACCAGUCUGACGUUGACAGUUAACUGCCUCAUCAUUGACUGUUACAAGCCUAAAUCGGCAAAGGGAUGGUGCACUGAGAUACAAACCCACGUGGGGAAAGCAAAGAUCUCACGUCCCCUGACUUAUAAAAAUAAAUUAUUAUUAUUUUGGAGCCCUGUGCUUAAGAAAAUAAAAAUAAAUGAAACACCUCUCUUGAAGGUGAUAAAGCAUUGUAUUAGACACUUUGGCCCGUAUGCAUAUUUUCAGGUUUAGUUCUCACUGUCCCGGAUUUAAUAUAGGAUAUGAAAAUAGCUUCAAGAAGGCAUGAAAUAAGAUGCCUUAAUAUUGGACAGAUAUGCACACACAUACACACACACAUGCACACACACCAACAUUAAUGCACGGAUCACAUGGUUCUUUAAAAACAUUGUCAUCGGCCGUGAGCCAUGCAAAACAAAUUAAAAACUAAAAGGAAUUCCAAGAAUACCAGAUGGUGUUAAACUCAGUCUUGCCAUUGCAAUAUUGAAGGUGGCACACGCCAUGUGUUAACGGCCCGUGGCUGGACUGUUAAAUUAAGCAGGGUGACGUAAUGCAAAGACUGAUUUAAUCCAAAUAAGUCCCAAACACAUGGGACACUCAUGAUAUAUCAUUGGAAAGUAGUCUACUCGGUGGGGGCACUCUGAAAAUUUCAGGUAUCUGAUCGGAUAUCUGUGUGCAAAAGUCACCAGAAGAAAUGUCAUGGAACUACUCGCAAAAAUUCGCAUCAGGAAAAAAAAAAAAAAAAAAAAAAAAAAGAUAGACUCCUUUUCGUUCUAUGCAAUUUUAUGAGUUGGCAAUAUUUUCUUAAAUACAGAUACCAUUAAAAAGAAAUUCCUCAGGAAACGCGUGUUUUGCAAAGAAAUGUGUUGGGGCGGUUGCUGUUUUCCUAAGGGGAUUGUCACCAGCCUGCUUAAACACACAACUGUAAAGCUCAGAAGGAAAUUGAGUCACAGCUGGCCAUACAGCAUAUCCUACAUCGGGGCCAGCCAACUUGAAUUUCUUGCAGAACACAUGUGAGAACCUUGCUUGGCGUAAAUGUAUCUGCUGUGGCGAUGGGCGCUUUGUGAUUUCUGCUGUUGACGUGAUGAUGGGUCAAAAGAAAGCCCGGCAAGAAGACCUGUGUGCCCAGCUCAUGUCCUUCUGAUGGCUUCACACUCCUCGUCCCAUCCCUGCCCACCCACCUGUCCAUCUGGUACAGGGCACUGUUUCAUUCUGUGCUCUCUGCCUAAGAACUCCCUUGGUACCAACGACAGAAACACCAGUACCACUAGACAGUCCUGUGACGUGCGAUGCGUUUGCCAUUUCUUUGUAUGACUUCAGCUGCCUCUAGAUUUUGGACCACUUUAACUGUGAAAAUGUGGCUCUGUGCCAUCAACUAAAAAGACCCCAGUGCCCCCCACUCUCGAGGCACCGAGAGCUGCCCACCCCCGGGGAGGGCUUCAGGCUGCAUCAAAUCCCAUGACCACAUCAAAAUUCUCGUUCUAGCCAUUUGGUUAUUGUAGUGUAGGAAAAAAUACUUGGUUGGAUUUUUCCCCCUAACCAAUAGAUUUUAUAUCCCAAAAUGAAUACAUUCACAGAAGCCCCGGAGGGCUCCCAUAGUGGAGACUGAGAAGAUGAUGCCUAAGUUGUUCUCUUUCUGGAGGCCCAUCCACCGAGACUAUGGGUUUUAUCUGCGUUGGGCAAGUCCUGUGUACCUGUACUGUGUGUCCCUAUGUCUUAUGGAGGUGAGAAGGCCUUCUCUUCACUUCACCUUCAGUGGACGAUGUCCACUUACCAAAAACAAGAAGAUAAGCACAUGAACUGUUGUGUUAAUAAUGUAUUUGGGUAGUUUGGGGUGUGUGUGUGUGUGUGUGUGUGUGUAUGUUUUGGUGGCGAUGGAUGUGGGAGACGUGUUUUCUCCAAGCAUCACGUUUCCCUAUCAAGUUGACUUUGCAGACCCCGUGGGCUUAACGGUCCUUCGUAGUAACAGGGAAACGCUCUGUCAUGCUUUCCUAUAAAUUAUUGUGUUGUAAUGCAUUCUGUUGUGCUUUCCUUGGCUUUUCCCUGGCGGAAACCUGUCUUAAUUUAAAAGUCAUUAUGUGUUUGUUAGCAGAUGGGAUUUCAAGCCUUUUGACACUCAGGGCAUCUUGUCCUCUGAGAUGGGUCUUCAGCUCUGCAGAACGGUCAUAGCUUCCUUCUUCCUUGUGCCGUGCUAUGGGCAGCCUGGCUGGGGUGUCCCGGGUUGGCUGUGGGAUGCCGCAGACACGAGACGGAGUGCCUUUGCAGGUGCGGUGAGCCCCCGGCGAGCCAGCACUGGGAUCCCUGUGGGGUCGUCCCAGCUUCUCAUGUGAAAAAAAAAAAAAAAAAAAA